UCACAUCUUUGUUUCCUCAACCAAGAUGGAGACGCUGCUCACUCUGUGUCUCACUCUCACCCUCACCUCAGUGUCUUUCGCAACCACGAAUGUUACCAUGGCAACCAACACGUCAACAGUUACCACACAACCCAAUAAUGGCUCAGCCAUCACAACUGCCACGCCCACCAAUCAGUCCAUGUCCACACUGGGACCGCCCACCGCCCCGCCCAAUGUGACCACAGAGGUCACGAACCCCGCCAAUGUCACGGCUCUGACGCCAUCUGGCAACGUCACGGCGCCCAACGUUACCAUGGCAACCACGUAUCCCAACAGCACGGUGCAGCACGCGACAAACUCUUCUGUCGCGGUGGUGACGACGGGGGGCGGCGCGAACAACACGGUGACCACGCCCAGCGGUACCAUGGCAACAGGGAGUGGGAAUAACAGCUCCGUUUCCCCGAGUGAAUCAGUGACGACAACCACGAUGACAGUGGGUGGCGGCAGUGGAGGAGGAGGCGGAGUUCCUGGGUGGGGCAUCGCUCUGCUGGUUCUGGCUGCUCUGGCUCUGCUGCUGCUGCUACUGCUGCUGAUAGCACUGCUUGUGUGGUAUUGCUGUAGGGGGCGCCACAAAGGCCUGAGCCCCAAAAACGACGUCCCUCUGUACACUACACACAGUCGCUUCAAUGGAUCCAACGCACAAUACGAGGAGUUUGAUAAACCGACGAUGAACCGCACAGGGAUGUUCUCUGUGAACCAGUGAAUUCACUCACUCACUCACUCGCUCACUCACUGUCAACCAGUGAACAGUUCACUUGUUCACAAGUCUCAUGAGUGAAGUGGUUAAUAUUGAGGUGAAUCGGAGAUUGAGUGGAUAUUUUUUGCAGUUUUUAAUUGUAUUAUUUAAAUAAAUAAAAGAAGAGAAACUUAAAUGUAAAAUCAUUCAAAUCAUGAUUUCAUAACAACCUCAAAACGUUUAUUUAAGACACAACACUUUAUAAACUAGAAUAACUUCAUAAUAACCUUUUAAUAACU